UUAUCGGCACAUUUGAAAUUCGGUAUUUUUCAUCUCCCCCCUAGGCGGUCACACUACGCGCCACAUUAUCAAGUUUAUAAACUUUCCGCUGCCGUUCAAUUCCGUAAACAUAUUCGUUUGGAGCAGCACAGAUCCACGACAUGGCCAGUGAUACGGAUUUUGACGCCAAGAAUGGAAUUGUCGAUGGACCAACCCCGCCGCACACCGAACUGGCGGCCCUCUACAAGCAGAGCUUCGCCUACUACACCUUCCGUGUGCGCCUGCCCUCGACUUUGGCCACCAUCGCGGAUUCCCUAGUCAAGGACAAGGACGUCCUCUUGGCCACAUAUGGACCGGCAGCGCAAGCCGAUAUUGAACAAACUACCAAGGAGGUUAGGCAGCUGCGAGAGGAUAUCCUGGCCAAUGGUCCUUUGCAGCCCUUUGAGGGAAAUGAUGGCGACACUGAAGUGUGGAAUGCAUUCCUGGAAAAACUGCCCAAGGAGAAGAGAACCUACUUUUCCACCUGCUGGCUGUACGCCGAGUGCUACAUGUACCGGAAAAUCUCAUCCAUUUUCCGGGCCACAGCGCAUCUGUCCGCCCACGACUACUUCAGCCAGCAAAAGCAGACGGCGGCGAAGCUGAGCGUGGACGCCAUGCUGGCGGUGGCCAAGGCUACGCGGCACAAUGAACGCAACUCGGACACCUUCCGCCAGUUGAUCAAACUGAAUUUGUGGGGCAACCGGUGCGAUCUGUCCAUUACCUCCGGCAAACAGGUGAAGCCCACUGGCAAUGCCUUUGACCAGGUCACGGAUUUGGAGGAGAAGCUGCUGAUUGACGGCACCGCGGAGGUAUGGAAAGCUCUGGACGGAGCAUCCGGAGAGGGCAUUGUGGACAUCAUUUUCGAUAACGCCGGCUAUGAGCUGUACACGGAUCUGAUCCUGGCUGAGUACAUUAUCGACAAGGGACUGGCUGCCAAGGUGCGCUUCAAUUCCAAAGCCAUUCCCUGGUUCAUUUCGGACGUGAUGGAGCACGACUUCCACUGGACACUGCAAUUUCUGGCCGACCAUCCGGAACCGGCGCUGAGUGAGGUCGGCAAAAAAUGGCAGCGUUUGACGAGCGAGGGCAAGUUUGAGCUUUCGCCGCUGGAACACUUUUGGACGAGUCCCUACGAGUUCUAUCGCAUGCCCGAGGUGAACAAGCCACUGUACGAUCGCCUAAAGGAGGCGCAACUCGUAAUCUUCAAAGGUGACCUUAACUAUCGCAAGUUGUUAGGCGACUUCUCCUGGGACAGCACGGAGUCCUUUGAAACUUGCUUGAGGGGCUUUCGUCCUUCCAAUCUGUGCACUCUGCGCACGAUUAAAGCGGAUCUAAUCUGCGGACUGGGCGCAGGCGUGGCGGAACAACUGUUUGCCAAGGAUAAGGAGUGGAUGCUGACUGGCGAAUAUGGUGUAAUACAGUUCGCCAGCAAGUAAAGAAGGAAUUCAGGACCAGGACAGCAAAUUAGUUGAAUUGUUUUAGUCGUUAUAAGCUUAGCUUAAUUGUUGAAAUUCACAGUGACCUAUCCCAGUUCCAGAAAGAAAUUAUACUCAAUUUACUCUUAAACACUGCAA